UGCAUGGGAGGAGGUUGCAGCUGAGCAGUCCGCCUCUUGUUUCGAGCUGUGUCGCUGGAUCGGAGCGCCCGCUCCACUUGGGUUUGGCAAGUGACGAAAUCAAUGAAGCGAAGAUGAGGCAGUGUGGCUGAACUGUGCUUGUGCCAAGACCACUUGAAAAGUGUGUGCAGCAGGGCUCCUUGGACAGUGGCCCCGCGUUGCUGCAGGCUUGGAUCUCAAAAAAAUGGGGCCGUUUUGGCGGGGCGGUCUCUCCCAAGGUGCCGUGAGCAGAGCCGUCAUCCUCAACUGUCCAAAUUCUCUUCCUUUUUUGAAAGAUCGAGUAGACGCCAGCGCCGUUCGAAAGAUGUCGGCCCAAGCUCCAACAGAAGAACUUGGCCAGCUGAGCGUCGAGGAUGCUAGCAGCAAACCCAAGCCCGAUGCAUCGGCCGCCAGCAACGGCAACCUAAACCACGACAGUGACGAUUCCGAGGACGAGGCCGACGAAGCUGCCGCGCCAGCUGCGGGCACCGGCGCCGCCAAGAAAAAGAAGAAGAGAAAGCCCAAGAAGAAGAAGAAGAGCCCGACGCAGCAGUCGGACCCCCCGCGAGUGCUGAUCUCGCGGCUGUUCCCGGACGGGAAGUAUCCAAAGGGCGAGGAGGUGGAAUACGUGAACGAGAACCGGUACCGGACCACCAACGAGGAGAAGCGCCACUUGGACAACCUGAACAGCGACUUCCUCAACGACUACCGCCAUGCGGCUGAGGCGCACCGGCAGGCCCGCCAGUGGGCGCAGAAGAACAUCAAGCCCGGCCAGACGCUGACCGAGAUUGCCAACGGCAUUGAGGACGCCGUUCGCGCGCUCACCGGGCAUCAGGGCCUCGAGGAGGGCGACGCGCUGAUCGCCGGCAUGGGCUUCCCCACGGGGCUGAGCAUCAACCACUGCGCGGCGCACUACACGCCCAACGCGGGCAACAAGAUGGUGCUGCAGCAGGACGACGUGAUGAAGGUGGACAUCGGCGUGCACGUCAACGGCAAGAUCGUCGACAGCGCCUUCACGCUGGCCUUCAACCCGCGGUACGACCCGCUGCUCGAGGCCGUCCGGGCCGCCACCAACGAGGGCAUCAAGCAGGCCGGCAUCGACGCGCGCGUCGGCGAGAUCGGCGGGGCCAUCCAGGAGGUCAUGGAAAGCUACGAAGUCGAGAUCGACGGCACAGUCUACCCGGUCAAGUCGAUCAGGAACCUGAACGGGCACACCAUCCUCCCGUACAACAUCCACGGCACCAAGAGCGUGCCGAUCGUGAAGAGCAACGACAACACCAAGAUGGAGGAGGGCGACGUCUUCGCCAUCGAGACGUUCGGAAGCACGGGCAACGGCGUGGUGUACGAGGACGGCGAGGUGUCGCACUACGCCAAGCGCAGCGACGCGCCCAAGGUCGACCUCCGGCUGUCGUCGGCCAAGUCGCUGCUGAACGUCAUCACCAAGAACUUUGGCACCCUACCGUGGUGCCGGCGCUAUCUUGACCGCCUGGGACAGGAAAAGUACCUGCUUGGCCUCAACAACCUCGUCGCAAACGGCAUUGUCGAGUCUUACCCGCCGCUGGUGGACAAGAAGGGCUCGUACACGGCACAGUUUGAGCAUACCAUCCUCAUUCGGCCUACCGUAAAGGAGGUCAUCAGCCGCGGGGAUGACUACUAGUUGCAACUGCCAGAAUGAGACUCGGGUUGCACUGAAGCGUCUACGGACGGCAGAAGGGAGCCG